GACGUCAGCCAGAGGCAGAGUCUGUGCCUGAGUCUGUCCGCAUAGUCAAAGGCUUGUGAGAAUCUGGUGGAUGCUGGACCUCGCUGCUGAGGCUGUCGCUGCUGCUGUUGCUUUCACUGCGGUUGUUACUUCCCAGGGGCUGCAGGAGCAUGGACUACUAAACCCCACAUUGCUACGUGAGUUGAGUUCUUGCCACCAGGAUGGGGAAACAGAACAGCAAACUGCGCCCUGAAGUCAUGCAGGACUUGCUGGAAAGCACGGACUUCACUGAGCACGAGAUCCAGGAGUGGUACAAAGGCUUCUUGAGAGACUGCCCCAGCGGACACUUAUCAAUGGAAGAGUUUAAGAAAAUAUACGGGAACUUUUUCCCUUAUGGGGAUGCUUCCAAAUUUGCAGAGCACGUCUUCCGCACCUUCGAUGCAAACGGAGAUGGGACAAUAGACUUUAGGGAGUUCAUCAUCGCCCUGAGCGUAACGUCGAGGGGCAAGCUGGAGCAGAAGCUCAAGUGGGCCUUCAGCAUGUACGACCUGGAUGGCAACGGUUACAUCAGCAAGGCAGAGAUGCUGGAGAUUGUACAGGCAAUCUACAAAAUGGUGUCCUCUGUCAUGAAAAUGCCUGAAGAUGAAUCAACCCCAGAGAAAAGGACAGAAAAGAUAUUCCGCCAGAUGGACACCAACAGAGAUGGAAAGCUCUCCCUGGAAGAAUUCAUCCGAGGGGCCAAGAGCGACCCAUCCAUCGUGCGUCUCCUACAGUGCGACCCCAGCAGUGCUGGCCAGUUCUGAGCCGUGCACCCCAAGGACGCUACAGCUGCUUGUGUCUUCUGAUUAGCGUUGAAACUUUUUUUUUUUUUUUUUUGGCCAAACAAUAUUGAUGGUGACGCUGUCCCCUCUUGGGUCAGAUGUGCCCUCCUGUGACACCUUUGCCUCUUGCUUCUUUUGUCGUGGAUGCUUUGUGGGGAUGCCCAGAGCCCCGUGUGCUGUGGAGAGCAUGAGCACACUUCGCGGUGUCCCCGCCAGAUGACUUUUUAUCUUACCAUUAUCUCCACCCCCUUUGAUUCUAAUGUCUCUAUCUUAAAACCCAAGGCUUGGGGGCAAGAGAAGGGAAUUCCACCCAGCGCAUAGGGGCUCUGUUUGAAAGACAGAAGAAGAGGUUAUUACAGGGAGCUGGGACAUUACCACAAGAGGCUCACUCCCCUCUCUACCCCAGCAGGCUGUAGUUUCUAAGCUGUGAACAUUUCAAGGUAAAUUAACAGAGGAGAUGCGGGAAGACGGCUCAGCUAUUUUUUUUCCCACAGGUUUACACGAGUUGAGCUAAUACGAGUUUCUUUGAAAAAUCGGACACAGAUGGUAACAUUCUAAAACCAGACCCAUCUAACUGCCUACUUGUGAUUUAUAAAAAGACUGCUGUAUAUAAAACAUUGGGUAUUGCAGACCAAAUCAAGUGUUUUGCCUUGUAAAUGCAUGUCUAGUGAUUGCUGAUACAAUCUUACUCCCGAAGACUAUUCUUAGUUGCUCAUCGUGAAGCCAGCUACAAUGAAUGUCAAUGUCUUGUUUUAAAAUCGUAUCUGUCUUUGCACAAAUGUACCCAGUCAACAAGUAUAUUUUAUAUACUUUGUAAAACUACGAAGGAAUGAUGGAUGACAAGGGCCCAGUUUUGAUGUUUGAAUGGUUUUCCGGAGUCAAGGAGGCUGGAGGACAUGAGGAAGGCCGUUUUCCAAGCGUUUUUUCCGGCAUCCACAGCUCCACACGGACAGGGGCCAAGGCCCAGCAACGCACUGGUGGCGAAUGCAGGCAUGACGCGUUUCUAAGCAGAUGAAUGUUCAAUAGACUCGAAUAACAAACAGGACUUCCUAACAGUUUAACCCACAUCCUUGGUGGGGGAGCCAGAUCUAGAAUGUUCAUUUUUCCUGCCCACAGGUGCCCUUCGAAGAGUCAGUUGUGGGACAGCUAGGUAAUUUUCCCGCUCCAAGAGCCAGCGAGGGGGCCUGCAGUAUCCAAGGCCUAUGGGGAUCCCUCACUGCGUCCUUUGAAUGCAGCAAAGUAGAGCUGCUGCUUGGGCUGGUCACUCACAUACACUGCUUUGGAAUGAGGGCUUGGAAUAGGAACUUCUGGCCCCUGGCAAGCCAGAGCCCCACAAAACAGCUGGCAUCAGAAGGCCCAGAUACUGUGCGGAACCUGCUUGAGAGGAGGCAGGAAAGUCUCUGUCUGCUGCCAAGCCACUUCCUGUAGAACAAGAACCGCAUAAAGAUAAACCUGACCACAGGGACAGUGUGCCGAGAGGUUCCUGCCAGCCUGUAGCCUCCCUCCUGCCCCUGCCCCAAUGACACUUGUCCCUGGCAGAAGUUCAAACUUGAAUGGUGGAUUAAAAUGAAUCACUUAAUAGGUUGAAAUUUUGAGACCCAGAUUUUGUAAUCUUAAUUUUUCCUAGUGCCGUUUCCUCACAUUUUGUGCCAAGGCUUGCCAAAUCCCUUGGGCCAGAUGGCAAAGUCUGCUUUUGAGCAGCAGAAUGAACCCAAGUUGUAGAAAAGAAACAGAUAAGGGACCCAGCACACGGGUCACUGGGAACUGGACUCACACAGCCCUCUCUGAACUGAGGACUUGAUUCCUCUGUCUGGUCUCAGCUGAUGAGUGUCGUCAGUGUUGGAGAAUCCUCAAGGGGCCACCUCCAGCUGAGCGGAGUUUCCUAGAACUUAGAACCAGUGUGGGAACUAGAAAAAGUGACUUCCAGCUAUAGGGAAACAAAGAGGCUGAGGCAUAGGCUGUGAGCCCUGCGGUCCCCAGAAGGCAUGCAGAGUGUCAGAAACGGCUAGUCACACAGACACAACACACCAGGGCCAUUUUCUCCCCUCUUCUCUUCCCCACCUCACCUCACUCAGGUAUGGGCAUACCUAACUUUAUGCAUUUUGACCAAGGGACUUUAUAGCACCCAGACGGCUGGGUGCCUGAAGACACGUCACUCUGGUGAGGCAUUGCUCUGGCUGCAUCCUGGGGUAGCUGGAGGAAGUGGAGUCUGAUUUGUUCCCAGUAGAGGCAGCCUGUGCUGUCCACGGGAUAUGGGACUAAAUGGCGUAUGACUUGAAGGACACUUCAAAGUUGACUGUUCAUACCUCGCUUAAGAUGGAGAAGGGUGCUCUGGCACCCCAGCGUACACCCAGGGGGACUUUCUACAAGUGAAUUUAAUAAUACGUAUGUCAUACUACGUGGUAUGGUCCCGUUCUCAGUUGAUUGUAUAGCUCUUGCCUGGCAUUAAAGCAUGUUAGUUAUUUAAUACCGCUGUCUGGAACCUGAGAUUUUCCUCACUGAAACUACCCCAGCUGACUGUGUCUUAGGGGGGGUGGGAGAAGAGUUUUGAAGCAUUGUUGAUCCUU